CAAUUCAUUACAAUGUCUUGCUGGAUCUCUCUAGUCUAUGCGUUAGCGUUUUCCGCAGCUUAUAUAAAUGCGCAAUUUGCAGUAAAUCAGCCGUCUUCAAAAUCCACAUCUCUGGGACAGAACGUGGAAAUACCCUGUACCCUGUCUGGCGGCAGUUUAGGUAACAGUGACGUUUACUGGUACCAGCAGAUUCCAGGAGCGGUUCCGCGAUAUUUGUUCUACUAUUACUCGGGCAGCAGCAUUUCCAGAGGCUCGGGAGUUUCUGAACGUUUCUCCGGAUCAGUGUCAGGCAACACUGCAACAUUGACAAUUUCGAACGUGCAGUCGGGAGACGCUGCUGACUACUACUGUGCUGUGUGGAAAAGUGCUUGCAUCUUCGGCAAAGGAACGAGGCUGGGUUUUGGCAAUCCUCAGCCCCCCGCGGUGUCAGUGCUUGGACCUUCAGCGCAAGAAUUGACGGGAAAGGGAACGGCCACCCUGGUGUGUUUGGUGAACGGGUUUAAUCCGGGCGCUGUGGAAAUUGACUGGACCGUGGACGGCAGUGCGAGAAGUGAUGGCGUUGAAACCAGCCGGAUCCAACAGGAGGCGGACAACACGUUCAGUGCGAGCAGUUACCUGACUCUGCCAGCCACAGUGUGGAACUCACACGAGCUUUACUCCUGUGUGGUUAAACACGAGACUCAGGCUAACCCGCUGCAGGGAAACAUCGCCAGGUCCAGCUGUCUGUAAAACUUCUAGAUUCCAACUAAUCAAAUUGACAAAUAUUGUUGCUCCGUCUUUCAUUUGUCAAAAAUUGAUAUAAAAAUAUUAUCUGUUAUCGACUAGCAUUUACGGUAAAAUUGUCCUUUGUCUCGCUGUUUGUAAACGUCAUUCAAUUGAUGCAACUCGUUGUGAAUUGAAACUCCAAUGUUAUUCAAUCUGUUAAAUGCAUUCCCAAAUAUUCAUUAAAAGACAGUGGUCUAAAGAUUACAUUCAGGUUUGUUUUGUUUACCCACGUGACUAACAUUUUCAAAUACAACUCUCGACUAAAAUCAAUAAUUCAAUCUUAAGAG